CUUCUCCGCAGUGUGUGUGUGUGUGUGUGUGUGUGUGUGUGUGUGUGUGUGUGUGUAACAAGGACCAGCUCGUCGCUCGGUUUAACAAAAACACACCGGAGUGAGAGCUGUAAGAUUUAUUUGUAUUUUAUUUAUUUAUUUAAAAAAAGAAGAAAUCAGCUCAUACAUUGUGACGAUACAGCAGCCUGACUGAAGACCAAACAUGCGCGCGCGUGCCAACAUCAUCAACAUGACACCGAGAGUUACCUGAGAGGAAAAGGGCGGGAAGCGCGCGCUGGAUUGAAGGAAGGAAAAAGAAAGAAAGAAAAAAAAAACAAAACACCACCAACCGCCAAACCGUCGCGCUCUUUUCGCGCGCGCACAACAGCGAACUUAAACCAUGGGGUGAAGAGAAGAAAUGGAGCACUUAGCUGAACGGAUGUUCGUCUGAGAAGAUGUGAAACCUGCUAUUGACUAUGUGCAUCUACGUCUACGUUGAAGAAAAUUUGCCUGUUAUUAUUGCAAGUCUCCAAUAUGCCUCAAGGCAUCAACAAUGACGAUGACCCGGUCUGUAACAGUGGUCAGUUUAGCUGAACAUUCAUAGAUGGUUUCUACUACUGAGUCCAUCAAAAUCACCAUCUUGCUCUUCCAUUGAUAAUCCUUUAAUUUAUCAACAACCCCCCCCAGACUACCCCCCCCCCCCACUUGACUAAUUCGGUGGGGGGGGACUGAAAAUUACACUUUUUAAGAGUGACCAGAGAUCUGGCAACACGAGCCUGGGCCAUGGAGACAAACCCAGACAGCCCUAGCCGGGCUGUGGAGUACCUCCUGGAGCUCAAUAAUAUCAUUGAGAAUCAGGCCAAACUCCUGGAGACCCAGCGCAGGCGCAUUGAGGAGCUCGAAACACAGCUCGACCUAGUCAACCAGGAGAACCAGGACCUUCGCUUGGACAGGAAACCUGGAGCUGACAGCUCCACGCAGAACCACAAUCAUGAACAGAACUCAAAGUCCAGUGGACCGCCGUCUUUGACAAACCACAACGCCAACAGUGUUCACCAUGACAGCAACAUACCAUCGUCUACGGUUCCUGGCCCUGCACGGAGGACCCACUCCAGGUUGAGCCGAGGCCUGUCGUGUGGUUCAGCUCCUGUGGAGAAGGAGAGGGGAAGGCUGGAAAGGAACGAUAGCACUGGAACCAACAGCACAUCUACUCUACGGAGACAUGUUGAUGACGAGACUCGUGCCUCAGACUCAAACCCCUUCUCAGACAGCGGUAAAACCCCUUAUCAGCAUCGCUCAGACUGCUACCGGGAAGGAAGCUGUGGCCCCCCCGCCCCCCGGGGGCCAGUUGUGGGCCCUCCAAGCCCAGCCUGCCUCACCUGGGCACAGCGGACCCGUAACCAGCCAGCUAGUCUGGCCUUACGCAAACAGGAGGAGGAGGAGAACAAGAGGUGCAAAGCUCUGUCUGACAGUUAUGAGCUCUCAACUGACCUCCAGGACAAGAAGGUGGAGAUGCUAGAGAGGAAAUAUGGUGGCUACUUCCUGAGCAGACGAGCAGCACGCACCAUUCAGACUGCCUUCCGUCAGUAUCGCAUGAACAAGAACUUUGAGCGCCUGCGCAGCUCAGCUUCCGAGAGCCGGAUGACACGGCGCAUCAUCCUGUCCAACAUGCGUAUGCAGUACUCAUUUGAUGACCGCCAGCCUCAAGCACAGCCACAGACCUGCCACAGUCCCGGCAUGGGCCCUCCACAUUCACCUGACCUGGAGCCCGAUUCACCUGCCCAGCCAGAAUAUACCCAUUUAGAGGACUCAUUCUCUAAACAGGUGAAGUCCCUGGCUGAUUCCAUCGAUGAUGCGCUAGCAUGCCGUCCAGGUAGAGACGACUCACAGGAUGGCCUCGGGGACAGUGGUGCUGUAGACGACUUCGGUGAGUGCAUCUGGAGCAGCAACAGCCACCCAUCUCUCCGUCGGGGACUAGGUGAGCGGGAGAGAGGCAGCACAGGAGGUGGUCUGAGCAUGCAUGAGGAUAGCACGGCUACGUCAUAUAGCGAUGUCACACUCUACAUGGAUGACGGUUUGCCCUCAUCACCCCUCUCUCUGGACCGGGCACCAAGCAGUACAGACACUGAAUUCUGGGGGGGUAUGACCAGUGGGGUCGGUGGGCGAGAGGACAGUCGGGACACUGAAGGAGGUGGCAGCAGCAACAGCCGACGCAGCACGCCAUGUACAGAGUGCAGAGAUUACCGCCUCCGAGGGGCACAUUUGCCUCUGCUCACAAUCGAGCCACCCAGCGACAGCUCAGUGGACAUGAGCGACCGCUCAGACCGUGGUUCCCUAGGCCGGCAGCUGGUAUAUGAGCAGGACUCAAGUGGGGGCUCACCUCAGGGCACUCUAAAGCACAAUCCCAAUGCCAAAGCGCAAGGCCAAGCACGUCCAGCUAGCCGCCCAAUAGCAACACAACUCCCACAUCAUGUUACUCACCAUCACCACCAUCAUCACCACCACCAUCAUCACCAGUAUCCUGACACUCCAUCUUCUUCCUCAUCCCCCCAGCAGCCCCCCACUACACCGCUCUCAUCCUCCUCUUCCGCACAGCUGCCUUCCGGUGGCUUGGAUCAGCAGUGUUGCUCAGAUGGCGAUAAUGACUCACUAAACUCCACCACAAACUCCAACGAGACCAUUAACUGCAGCUCUGGCUCAUCGUCCAGGGACAGCCUGCGGGAACCACUGCCGCCUAUGGGCAAGCAGACGUACCAGAGGGAGAGCCGCCACAGCUGGGACUCUCCUCCUUUCAACAGUGACGUGGCACAGAGAAGGCAGUAUCGCAUCGGACUCAACCUCUUCAACAAGAAACCAGAGAAGGGCAUUCAAUACCUGAUAGAACGUGGCUUUGUGUCGGACACGCCUGUUGGCAUUGCCCGCUUUAUCCUAGAGAGGAAGGGCCUAAGCCGACAGAUGAUCGGGGAGUUCCUGGGCAACCGACAGAAGCAGUUCAACAAGGAUGUACUCGAUUGCGUGGUUGACGAGAUGGACUUCUCCGGAAUGGAUCUAGAUGAUGCUCUACGGAAGUUUCAAGCCCAGAUCAAGGUGCAAGGAGAGGCCCAAAAAGUAGAACGACUUAUUGAGGCUUUCAGUCAAAGGUAUUGUGUGUGUAACCCUGUACUGGUGCGCCAGUUCCAGAAUCCUGACACUAUCUUCAUUCUGGCUUUUGCCAUCAUCCUCCUCAACACAGACAUGUACAGCCCAAGCGUCAAACCAGACAGGAAGAUGAAGUUGGACGACUUCAUUAAGAACCUGCGAGGAGUAGAUAAUGGACAGGAUAUCCCACGUGACCUGCUGGUGGGGAUCUACCAGCGUAUUCAGAAGUGGGAACUAAGGACCAAUGAUGACCAUGUCUCGCAGGUCCAGGCUGUGGAGAGAGUCAUCGUGGGCAAGAAACCAGUCCUGUCUCUUCCCCAUCGCAGGCUGGUGUGCUGCUGCCAGCUUUACGAGGUGCCUGACCCCAACCGACCACAGCGCACCGGUGUACAUCAGAGAGAGGUGUUCCUCUUCAACGACCUGUUGGUGGUAACAAAGAUCUUCCAGAAGAAGAAAACGUCGGUGACAUACAGUUUCCGGCAGUCAUUUCCUCUGGUGGAGAUGCAAGUACACAUGUUCCAAAACUCCUACUACCCUCACGGCGUCAGACUAACGUCAGCCAUCCCAGGAGGUGAACGUAAGGUGCUAAUUGUGUUCAAUGCGCCCAGUCAGCAGGACCGCACGCGCUUCGUCAGUGACCUGAGAGAGAGCAUUGCUGAGGUGCAGGAGAUGGAGAAAUACAGGGUUGAAUCGGAGCUUGAAAAGCAAAAAGGCGUGAUGCGGCCCAGCCUUCUUAGCAGCAGUGUGGUGGGUGGAGGUGUGGGUGGAGUCAAGAACGAAGUAGUGAAUGGCAGCAUUGGAAGAUCUAGUUUGGAUGACAACUAUUCACCCAGUGAAGGCCUGAAACGCACUGCUCUCAGCUCCUCACUUAGGGACCUGUCUGAUUCAGGGAAACGUGGUCGCAGAAACAGCGUUGGUUCCCUUGACAGUACAAUGGAAGUAAGUCUGAGUGGAGCAGAGGGUUCCAUCAUUAGCAGUCCACAGCCUCACCAGCGUUACCCAGUAGCUACUGUGCUGUCGAGCUGCUAUGGAACCGAAGAUUACCGGCCUCACCGCCCCAUCCUGAGCCCCGGAGUGGGGGUGGGGGGUGGGCCGGGGCAGCAACACACCACGGCGCCCGCACCUCCUGGCACUGCACCUCCAGCCUCCAGCAGCAGCAGCAGCAGCGAGAGAGGUACCACCAGUGGGACGACAACCAGCGCCACCUCCUUCCUGGGAUCACUGUUUGGGACGAAACGGGCCAAAGCACCAGGCCCCAUCAUCCCGCCGGGGCCACCCUACCCCGUCCCUACGGUGCCAGCACCACCACCGCCUCUAUCCCCUUUGCCCCUGUGCCCUCCAGAGUCCACUGGCAUGUCCAAGAUCCAGUACUGCCACACUAUGGGUGCGGGCAUGGCUGGGCACCCCCCGCCACCGUACUGCCACCCGCACCAGCGCUGCCAACACGGUGGUCCACAACGCCAGCAUGCCACGUUACAGCGGGUCACGCUACCACGCCGACCAACCCACAACUCCUCCCCCUAUCUGCCAACGCUCUCCCAACAUGCUUUUCAGGCUCGCUUCGGGAAUUCGGGCAACGGGGGCUCGACGUGCGUGCCUCCUCCCCCCCUUUCUCCUCACUCCCCACUAUCCCAACACCCGCCGUUUGCCCUCUGCCACGCACAGCUCACACACUCGGCCAGAGGGGGCGCCGUUGUGGGCAAAACGCCACUAGCGCUGUCACACUCACAACCACACCCGCACCAACACGCACUCUCCCACGGGCAUACGCCCCACCCUGCCCAUCCGCCACACUUCGUGUUCGCCAGCCCGCCGCCCCCCUUCCCAGCGCCCACUCCACCACCCCUGCCAGCCUCCGCUCCACCCGCCACGGCCCAGCACGCGUCGCCGGCCGCCCCGUAUCCGCCCCCGUAUCCUCCGCUUUCCUCCAUCCCACCUCCCCCCCUCCACUCCCCUUUACCCCCCCCUUCCACCCCCCUUACCCCUCUUACGCCUCUCUCCCCUCUCCCCCCCCCCUCGCACCCCGCCCCGCCACCGCCACAGGUCACGGCACCAUCGCCAGGUCAAACUGGCACGGUCGACCGGGCCAAAUCCAAGCCUGUCAGCCGGAUCAGCACGGUAGUCUGAACAGGGGCAAGGGAAAGGUGCGCUCCUGGGGCUCGCUACGAGGUCCCCUGGUGGUGGGAGGAGGAACAGCAGAGAGAUUGGAAGACAUGGGAGGAGGAAGCCGGACCAGGACGGAGGGCAGCAAGAGGAAACGCAACCUACUGAG